CCGCCCCGCAUUUCCGCCCCGCCGCCCGGCCGGCUGUGCCCGACGGUCCCGGCAGCGCGGCAGGAAAAGAUGUAGCUGUUAUUUCUGAAGGAGGAGAGAACUUUGAACCCCUUCUCAAGGUCUGAAAACUGAGUAUUUGGGCCACAUAGACUUUCUGGUCUUCAUGUGAGCGGACAUACUUUUCCCUGUGUCCUAUGGAAAGAUUCUGAAAGCCAAAAACUUUCAAGAUUCUUAGAUUGACUCUGGUGCUUGAUUCCAAGGCAACACAUUUCUGAAGAAACAGGCUUACAGGGACAAGCUUCUUCCUGCAGGAUCUGUGUGGUGUUCAAAACACAAUCAGAAAGCCACCCAAUGACCCUGGUCUUCCUGUACGGUACCCUGAAGUGCGGCCAGCCCAACCACCCAGUCCUGCUGGACAGCGCCCAUGGCUCCGCUGCCUUCCGCGCCCGCGCCCGCACACUGCAGCCCUACCCGCUGGUCAUCGCCGGGGAGCACAACAUCCCACGGAUGCUGAACCUGCCUGGCGCUGGGCGCUGCGUGGAGGGCGAGAUCUACACAGUGGACGAGGCCAUGCUGCGCUUCCUAGAUGACUUUGAAGGCUGCCCCGACAUGUACCAGCGCACCACAGUGGCGGUGCAGGUGCUCGAGGGCCCAGGCGAGGGCGACCCUAAGGACAUGCUGGCACCCCACACCACAGUGCAGUGCUUUGUGUACAGCACGGCCACCCACCCACCCGAGUGGGUCCACCUUCCGCACCACGACAGCUAUGACUCCGAGGGGCAGCACGGGCUGCGCUACACCCGCCGGGAGGACAGAUGAGGUAGGGAUGGCUCUGCAGCCCAGGCGCAGUGACCCUGGUGUGAGGCCGGCUCAGCCGGAGCUGGGUGGUGCCCUUUCUACCAUAUCACGUCAAUAACUUGAUCUGUAGGAAAAGCCAUCUUUUUCAAUGGCAGCUGAUUUUACAAAUAAUUUUGACAUACUAAUAACAAGAUUGUGCCCUCAAAUCUUUCUUUCCAAUAUUACUUUAUUGCUUGCUGCUUAAAGAGCAUCAUGGGCUUAAAUGUAUUAGGUAAGAACAUUUCAGGAUUUUAAUUCCCCUGAAUGGGACUUAGAGAACUCAUGUUACCAUGCCUUCCUUUCUUCUUCCCCGCCUCCCCCUCUUCAUUUUUUUUUUUUUUUUUUGCUUUGCUUUAAUCUGGAGAUAACAUUUAAAAUGAAUGUAAUGAUGUGUGUUGGCAACUAGAUUUUAGCAGUCCCACUGCAUUGAUUCUGGCCUAUAACAUCUACAAAAAUUUUUUAAAUGAGCCAAUUUUAGAUGGUUCACCAUCAACAUAAUAAAAAAAAUCUUCAAGAAAAACAUGCUGUAUUUUAGAAUAUAUAGAAUAUCAUUCUUAAUAUUUAUAUCAAGCUUACAUACAAACUAUUGAAGGUGAUCACUUAAAAUUAAACUAGAUGUUUUGGGAAAAAAAAUAUAAAAGUGGUGGUGGUAUGUUCUCCCCCUAAUCCCCAUUUUUGGUAUACUUGGUAGAAGCGUCUUUUCAUUUUAAUCUAGCAAAAUAAUGAACACCCACUUGCUGGUAGAUGCAGCUGAGCACCCCGGACUUCAAAUGGAAGUUUAUCUGAGCCCAGCUCUCAGCAGCCAGGCCCAUCACUGCCUCCUAAAGGGAGCAGCAUUUGGGGGUGGCCUUUCAGAGAAGAACCAGCACGCUAGUAAUUUGUUCUUCAGGCCUGACAGCUUAGCUUCCAAAUACAAACAGCCCUUAAAAUAAUUUUAGCAAGGCACGAAGUACCAAUUACUACCCACCUCCAUCUGAUAAUUUGUCAGCACAGAUUCAAAUCGGCACACGACUCUGCUUCUGCUCACCAGCAAAGUAUGAAACGUAUUCCAAGAAUUUAAGAAGCAAAUGAAAAUGCAGCUGCUGGUCCUCAGUGACCUCAUCUCCGCUGGGAGACCUCAUUUAGUCUACCAUUAAGUUGAAGAGUCUGAUCACUAACUGCAUCUAGCACGAAAACAUGAUCAUUAUUUUUAGCCUCUUUGUCUUCAUUGGAAGCUUGCUUCACAAAAAUGAAAAGGCAAAGAGCUGCAGACUGACGGCUUGUGCCUGCUGCACCAACUACAGCACUGAGGCAACCUGGGGGCCUGCUCCUCACCAGCAGAGUGGACAGUCCCCAUGUCAGCCAGCAAGCCCAGAGGGGACAUCCAUCAGUGCUACACCCAUAUGGAACCACAGAGGGAAGGGCACUGCCAAAAUCAGCAUCUGGUCUUUCUUUGGGCAGUCAGGUCCUCAAUUACAGAAGGACUAAGGUAAUCAGAUUAUAAAAUAGCAAAUGCUGAUUUGAUACAACUAAAGGCAGAGAACUGGAAUUCAUAUUUUUUUAAAAGGAUGACAAAGAAAUGUUAGGCUACAGGCUGUGCCAACAGACUAUAAAUACUAUGUGUACAUUGUCUUCAUUCAAAAAAGGGCAAAUUAAUAUUUAGACAAAUGCUUGGUUUUAUUGAUUUAGUUUUGACACUAGGAAAUCUCACAGCAGAAGUACAAAUCAUAUGUGCAAGUAUAUCAAACAUUUCCAUCGGUGAUAAGUUGGCAGAAGGUUGGUUUGACUCUUAUGUGGAAUAAACA